AUGGCUGAGCUCGCAGCUGAGACCUCGGUGCCCACGGAGGAGAAGACGGAGCCCAUCCCGCCAUCCGAAAUAGACAUGAGGCUCAGCGGGAGUGCUCGCACUCACGAUAGUGAGCACGAGCACGGCCAUCUCAUAGACGAUGAGCUUGUCGUGCCCCUAGACUACCUCCAGCUGGAGGAACACCACCACAGCCAGAACAUCCGCCUCCUCCUCCGCCCACUCACCAAACUCCACAACGCCCAGACAGUGAGUACUGACGGAGAUGGAAACUGCCAGUGGCUCGUCCUCCGCGCAGAGGUCGCGUCCUCGAAAGAGCCCGAGCACAAGGUUUUGGCCGUGACGCAGACAUCCAAGGACAUCAAGUUCUCCGUCAGGAUCCCUGGAGAUAGUAUCAAGGGUGCCCAGGGCCCUCUCCUCUGGUGCGAGCUCUACUAUGACCCUCAGAGCGACAGGGUUGUCUUUGUCAACAAGUCGCAUGAUCCCAUCAUGCUAGAGAGGGCACCCCCCCAUCUAUCCUGCCUGGACGUUCCACCAGAGGAGACUAGACAGGUCAACCCGGGCCUUGCAAGAAGCCUCAAGCCAGGAACUUGGAGGAUACGUGUCCGCAAUACACCUGUCUACGACUUUCGGAUCCUAGAAAAGCGACCUAUCGCCAUCCACCACCGGUCCUCCCCGCCGCGGAUUACGGGCGCGGACCAGAGUCCGGGAAACGCCAGCGUCAAACGAGCCAGGAGUGCCGAUAUUGACGACGAUAAGAGAGUCAAACGCCGUAUAUCGGGCCCGGAUGAUGAUGCCAAGCUGGACGAUGGGGCCGUCAUGUUCCUGCCCGACCGGCUUGUCUUCCCUCUGCCAAAUGGAAGAGAUGGGGGGGGGGAGGGAGGGGAAGGAGGAAGACGCAUUAGGGAGCUGGUACCGGCCAACAGCCACGCUCUUCUAGAUGCGGACAAGGAUGAGACUGUGGCGGUCACUGGCGUAUGCGAGCUGGACAAGUACACGCUGACCAAGCACGAGCCCAUCGCCGCUUCUCAACAGUCAGCUGUGUACACAGCAUCACACUCCAAGGUACCUGACAGCGUCAUCACGGUUAAAGUCCUGAAGACGCAGAUGGCCAAUGGCGGCGACAAGCCAUACAUGCAUGAGCGCAGCGUGAUUCGACAGGCCGACAUGUGGCUGCGUGAGAGUCAGACCCAGGAUGGCCUGGAGCAUGGGUCUAUUGUCAAGUACUACGGUGGCGACGCGCGCCAUCUCUCGCUGUACAUGGAACACGUGGAUGCGCGGGAUCUGACGGCCGUUCCGCUCUGGAGGUUGAGUGGCUGGUUCCAGGGAGGACGCGAGGAUGCCGUGCGCAUACUGUGUGACAUAUCGGAUGCCCUGAGCUACCUCCACGGCCGCAACCUGGUGCACAACGACAUCAAGCCCGCCAACCUCCUUUACUCGCCCGCCCGCGGCGCCGUCCUCUGCGACUUUGGCCUCUCCACACAGACCGCCAGGCCCCCACUGGGCGGUGGCACUCCCUACUAUCUCCCACCAGAGUUCAUCGGGCAGAAGCUGCGCGGCCCCCCGGCCGACGUCUGGGCACUUGGCGUCACCAUGCUCUACGUCCUGCGGAAGAUUCGACUGCCCGAUACCCGAGCCCGGCCGAAUGAUCCCCGGCCUCUCUACUGGCAGAUUGCCGCCAUCCAUAAUGCCAAUGUGCCCCAUAAGCAGUAUGGCAACGGGCAACCGGCCGCCAGCCAGAUGCGCGCGUGGCUCGUCGAGGUGCACGACGCCAAGGAGGCGCUGGAUACUCUAAAUCCCCUGUGA